GAUGGUGGGGACCCUCUUGGCUUUCUUGGGGGGCACUGCCACCAGACAGGAGCAGCUGGCGAGGCAUUUUCAAGGCGGCACGUCUCUCCCGCAAGCUUCCUUCCUCCCACCCGGCUUCCCGAGGAAUGCUGCUCUUCCCAGGCGAUGGGGGGGGGGUAAGCCCAGCCUCCUUGGCCAAGAGCCUCCCCUCUGUAUGAAUAGCGGUGCAGAGCUGCCCAGCCCUCGUUCGCCAGCCAGGCUCCUGCCUCCCUGCCCGCCAGCCUCUGUCCGCCUUGUGCUCGGCUGACUCUGCCUCCGAAAGGCAUCUUUGAAGAUGGAGGGUUUCCUGGCCUCGCGGUCCAUGGGAGAGGAGUCCCUCCAGAUGUGGGACCUCAACAAGCGCCUGGAGGCCUACUUGGCCAGGGUGAAGUUCCUGGAGGAGGAGAAUGAGCUGCUGAAAGCCGAGAUCCAGGGCCUGAAAGGGGGCUCGGGGGAGAACCCCUGGAGGGCCAAGUAUGAGGAGGAGGUGGCGGCACUCAGGGCCACUCUGGGUCAAGCGUAUCAGGAGAAGUGUGUGGUGGAGCUGGCCAGGGACUCCCUCUAUGAAGCGGUCCAACAGGUGAAGAGCAGGUGCCAGAGGGAGAGGGCAGCCCAGGAAGAGGCCAAGAUGCUCCUGUCCAUCCACCGGAAGGAGAUGGAGGAGGAGAAGCGGGCCCACAUUUGGCUGAGGGAGAAAGCUGCCCAGCUGGAAGAAGAGAUCAAAGCCCUGGCGGAGGCCCACCAAGAGGAACUGCUGGGGCUGGACCGAGACGUGACCGGCUUCUCCCGCGGCUUCGAGAGCUUCCGUGCGGUGCCGGGGUGCUUCCAGCCUGUGGAGGUCGAAGACUACGCCAAGAGGGUCUCCAACAUCUGGAAGGGAGCGGUGGAGACCUACAAGAUGGAGGUCUCCCAGCUGGAGGCUUCCCUCAGCGAAGCCAAGGAGAACCUCUGGAAGGCCACCGAGCGCAACCGGCAGAACCAGCUCCAGCUGCAGCAACUGGAGAAGGAGCUGGCCAGCCUCAAGGCCCGGAAGAAGAGCCUAGAGGACAGCCUCUCCCAGCAGUGGGCCCAGCAGCAGGGGGAUGCAGAGAAGCUGCAGAUGGCCAUGGAGGCUCUGGAGGAAGAGAAGCGGUCGCUGCGCAGCCAGAUCGCCCAAGUGCUGGACGACAGACAGCAGCUGAUGCACCUGAAGAUGUCGCUCAGCCUCGAAGUGGCCACCUACAGGACUCUCUUGGAAGCGGAGAGCACAAGGCUGCAGAUGCCUGCAAAUGAUUUCCAGACUGCCAGGGGUCUCAGAGAUACGAUGACGGAAGCCACUCACAGCAAGCUGCAGGGGCCGCCGAUGGACUGGGGGUGCUUGGGGAGCCGGGAUGUCUGGCCCAGCCCUGUCGCUUUCCCCAAGGGGGCCCCGAAGCUUCGAGGGUUCCAGAGCAAAGCCGAGUCACUCUCCGCCAACCUGGGGCCCAAGAACCAGGGCUCUGCGGCAAGGGAGUUCCAGAAGGCCAACACCAUCCUCCGGCGCUCUCAGCCCACCAAAGGCAUUGAUGGGCUGUUGCCACCAAAGGAGGCCUCUGCUUUCAGGCUGGGCUCCCCCCAGCCAAGCCAGACGGUGAAGGAGAGCAUGGCCCAGUCCGUCUUCCACACACCGGCCCCUCCGCCUUUCAACUCCACCAAGCUGGAGGAGGCUUUGGGAAGGUCCGCCAAGAGCCUCGAGCAAAGAGCAGAGGGUGUAAAGGGAGCCCCAGUCCAGAGGGAGGCCGAAGGUGCAGGAGGGGAUGAAGAAGCAGCAUCUGGAGAAAAGGAGGUGGAGGGCGAGGAAGAGAGAUGGCUCAGCAGUGGGCCGCCAGGAAAGAGAGAUGUCCCAAAUGGGCCUUUUCCAAGCCAGAUGGUUACUGAAGCUUUAGAAAUCGCCAUCCAGGAAGUGAACCGAAAAGAGGCUCACCUUGAGUCCAGCUUGCUCAACGCGGUCAAAAGCCAAGCAGAUGUUUCUUUUGACCGCCCUUCAUCCCUGGAAGAGGAGAACAAGGACGAUGUUUCCCUAAGUGCUGAGGUGCUGGAGAUGGCCCAGCAAGACCACAUGGGAGAGGGUCAACCCACUGAUCUCCUGGAGGACCUCCAGACCUGUGAGGACUUGGCUGAGGUCAAUGGUGGCCAGGAAGCCUGGGCCGAGCUGCAAGGAACAGAAGAGGCUUGGCAGGCUCUGGAUGCAGAGGCCCCAUUGCCCCUGGGGGCAGAACUGCCGAGGGUAGAAAGGAUUGUGGAAGAUGUAGCAGUUUUGGUCACUGGAGAAGAAGAGACUUAUGAAGAAGCAGGAUCUCCAGAAUGGAAAGAGAGUGAUGCCGAUGAGAAGCUGCCUGUGUUCCUGGGGAUGGCGCUGGGGAAUGACUUGGGAGAAGCACCCAAGUGCUCAGAAUCUGCCACAGAGGCACCUACCAAUGAUAGCAGCAACCAGGAGGGCCAGGAGCAUGGCAGUCCCCAGCCUGAUGUUCUUGGAGGAGCCUCAGAAGUGGACAUGGAGGAGGUCUAUGGAGGGGCUGAAGAUGUGGAGAUGGUGAGCACUGAAGAUCUUGUGUCUGAAGAAAGGAGAGAGCCCUGGAGUCCACCCUGGGAAGAUAACCAGUGUGAUGUGCUGGGGAGCGAGCAUCUGCAGGUGGAAGGAAGCUCAGCCAGGGAGGACUGGUUGCCCACCAUCCAUGCAGGUGAACAGCAAAAGCCUCUCUUCCUGGAGGUGGAGCAGGAGACGUUUGAGAGCCAGGAAGAGCUUUUUCAUGAGACUGAUUCUGCUCUACCAGAGCAAGAGAAUGAGAAGGGUUUAGACUCCGAGGUCUUCUGCAUGGAAGACUCCCUGCCCAGAAGCAGAAGCUCUGCCACAGGUGAAGACGACACCGUGGCAGAUGAGCCAAAGGUGAUUGAGAGCAGGGAAGUCACAGGAGAGGAUGAGGAGAAGGCAGGAGAAGAUGUUUCCAGAUCCGAAAGUCUUCUCAGAGAAGAUGUGGGAGAUGAAGGAACCUCAGAGAGAGAAGGUUACCUAGUUUUGGAGGCACCCAAAGGUACCUUGGAACUGGGUGCUACCUUGCCAGGUGAGGAUAUGGCAAGCCUUCAGAUGCAGGAGACACUUCAAGAAGAGCAAAGGAGAGAGGCGCCUGAAGAACAGCCACUGGAGGAGCAGAAGGAAGGAGGUGGGGAGCUCUCAGAGGCUCCACUGCAAGCUGAAGGUAGCAGCUUGAAGGAAGGAGACCUGAUGGCAGCCUCUGAGAUGCCAGAAAGUGAAGAAGCCACAGAUGCCCUGGAGAUGGAAGAAGUAAGUGGCACCCUCAUGGCAGAAAACUUGCUGCAAAACAAGGAUAAUGCCCUUGAGUGCUCUGAAGACAAAAAAAUUGGGCUUGACAAUCGCCAGGCAGGAGAAUGGCCAGUGGUGGCUGAAGCCCCCUGGAGUGAACAGACCACCUGCCCAGAAGAAGACCAAGAGCCGGGAUCCCCCCCAGAGGCCAAGGGACCUGCAGCUGACCUCAUUCCCCAGAGGGAGGACUCAGGGUCCGAGGAGAUCCUUGAACCUCUAGAAUCCGGCCCAAACCCCAACAGUGAGAGAGACGGGACUGGAGAGGAGCGUGUCCUGCUGGAGGAGACGUUGCCAGAUCCCACUGCUUUGCACGGGCACAAUGGACAGGUGCCGGCCAUGACUGAGACUUCACCCCUUCCUUUUCUGGAGAGGGAAGAGAUGCCUCUUUUGACCCAAGAAGAUGAGCCCCCUGUUUCGGCAGAAGAGAGUGCAGGCAUCCUGCCAGCAAAGGAAAAUGGUGUGGAAGACGGGGCUCCCAAGGAAGAAGGGGGUUGCAGCCCACAGGGUCUCCCGGAGGAAGACAGGCCUUGCCCAGAAGAGGCUCUGACUGCAGUGGGCUUAGCAGAAGCCGUGACCCAAGCACCACGGUUCACGGGAGACCAUGAUGAUCAGGGCACGGUGGAGGCUGAGGUGGCAAGAGAGGAUGCGCACGAAGAGCUGGAAGUGGUACCUGGCAGAGAGCCUGAGGAAGACCCACGGCAAGGGGGCGAGGCGGAAAAAGGGCCUGAGGUUCCCGAGGAAGAGGUGGCCUCAGAGUGUGCUUUUGAGCCAGAAGAGCACUGCGUGUUCCAAGCAGGUGGGCUUGACCCCAGCUACGCGCAGCAGGAGCAAGAGGAGGAAGAAGACGAGGAAGAGGAGGAGGCCCCCCUGGAAUCUGGCAACCAAGAUCCUGAAGAUGUGGCCCCCACAAAGGUUUCACCCCUGACCAGUGUCACUGAUUUGGGAGAAAUAGUGCUGGAAGGAGAAGACUCUCCGGCUGGUCCAAAAGGGGCUGUAGAAUCUGACAUUUUGGUAUCUUACGAGGACGAAUGUUUCCAUGUCUCGGACCCAGAAGAUCCGAUUCAGCAGAAAAUCAUGGCUGUGGAAGAUCCACCAGGCCCAGGAUUCCCCGAAACUUUCCCGGAGGAUGUGGUGGGCCUUUCACUAGAAAGCAGGAGAGACUCCGAUAUUCUAGAAAUCGUAGAACAAGCUCUGGAGUUUAAUCAAGAGUUGAUCAAGGCAGCUGGGGACGAGCUGGGAGCCCUUGGCAAGGAUGCCCAACGUUCCCCAGAAGAAAGGUCUGUCCAUGUUCCCCCUGCAUCUCUGGACCAGGAUCAACCCCAGGCUUCCACAGGGGCUCUGAAGGGCUCUUCUCCCAUGACCAGCCCAAGGGAACCCCACCUGUUGGCGGAAAGCAAUGCUAACGGACCACAGGGGGAACCCAGCUUGGAGCAGUUCACAAGCGAACUUCUCAACGGCGUUGGACAGGACGAGACAGACCCUUCUGGAGACGAAUUCAUCAAGGAGGUGACUAUCGCCCCACAGUUCUGCACAGAGGGGUUGGACAACUUCCCCAUGGCAGAGACCGUAAGCCAGAGUCCACCACCAAUCCCAGCCAGCGAAGAAGGGUUUAGAAGUGGAGAUGUCAGUCCUGAAGUUCUUGAGAAGGUCUCCCUGGAUCAGGAAGGCCUGGAGACCCUAGAUGAGAACAUACUGGAUGACCUACGGCAGAAGACCUGUGUGAAAGGAGGCAAGGAUACCAAGCUGGAGGCCAUGCCUUUCCUGUUUGGCGACGAGAUUCGCCACCAACCCUUGGAAUUCCGGCCUGAAGGGGCCAUGGAUCUCCAGUCUUCGGAAGACAACUGAAAUGUUGCCUUUCAGCCAGUAACUCCAGCCGGUGACAAACAGUGUAAUUCCUGCUAAAUGCAUCACCUCUUUUUCAGUUCCACAAACUUUUCUUUUUCUAGCUGUCUUCCUUCUCUUCGAAAUUUGAGAUAGUCCCACUGACAAUCAAAAGCUUCACUGGGCAACGUUUUCACCCCUUUAACAUUUUCUGUGUUAGGCUUUUUAAAAAUUCUUUUCUUAAAAGAAAAAAGGCAUUCAAGUCCAGUGUCUGGUAGCAAGGGAGCAUUUGCAUUCCCUUGAAGUGCAACCAGCAAUUUGGGAAACCAUUUCAAAAAAAGAAAAUCUUGUGUUUCAUCUGCUUCUGGCCGUACCCAGGAGGAAAAAAAGUUGUUUAAUAAGAUCUAGUCUCGUGCCCCAUUUUUCUAAGUGUGACACCCUGUACCUCUGAACUGUGUUGCCCCGAAUAUAGACAGACAGCCUGUCUGGAGGCUGUAUUGUUG